AUGCAUUUACAUGGGCGAUUGCUAUCACUACUCUUGUUCGCAUGUCUACUCUCAUCCUUGAUGGUCAAUGCAGAGCCAUUGCUCAUGAAGCGAGUGCCUCAAGAAGGAGGAGGACAACCACAACAACCACCAGCAUCAGGUGAUGGACAAUCCCAGCAACCACAGCAAUCAGCCGGUGGUGGUGGUGAUCAACAACAACAACCACAGCCUUCAGCAGCACCACAACAACCUUCUGGCAGUGGAGCCCCUGCUUCAUCUGGUGCCAAUCCACCCAACACAGCUCCUCAACAAGGUGGAAACAACACUGCAGCACAAUCAUCAGGUGGCCAAUCCGGUAUUGGAGGUCUUCCAACAAGUGGCAGCUUUGGCAAUACCAUUUAUCCAGGCACCGUCACUUUUAUCGAACCCACAGGCAGCAAAUCUGUUUCACCUUUGUAUCGUAUCGAUUCUCGAGAAAAUGUCACUUUCCGUUGGGAAUUCCAAUCCUUGCGUGUGCGUCCCGUCAACUUGACUUUAGCAGCUGUGGGUCCUCAAUCAGCUACGUAUACCAUUGCUCAAUUGGAUGGUGCUGCUACAAGUGCAGUAUGGCAUUUGUCGGAUGUGCCUGCAGAGACUCCUCUCUUUAAUGGAAUGUACCAAAUCCAGCUCUAUGAUCAACGAGGUGUUAGCGCUCAUCCUGAUCCAGGUUAUUUGGCACCAGCAACACGUCUCACCAUCGCCUUUUACAACCCAGAAAGUUAUGGACCUAUGAGUGGAUCUGAUUACUGCCCAAGAUGUUUUUAUGAUGCAGCUCAACGAAUCGGUCAUUCUUUCACUGGUCUCGGCAUUGCAUUUGGCAUCGCUUGUGUCACCUCUGUUUUCUUCAUUUACGGCAUUCUUAAUUGA